UUUCGGUUUUGAUGCUUUUUAUGUCCAGGAGUCCUGCACAGCCAUGGCGGCCAGGAGGACACAUGAAAGAGAUCCAAUCUACAAGAUCAAAGGUUUGGCCAAGGACAUGCUGGAUGGGGUUUUUGAUGACCUGGUGGAGAAGAAUGUUUUAAAUGGAGAUGAGUUACUCAAAAUAGGGGAAAGUGCGAGUUUCAUCCUGAACAAGGCUGAGAAUCUGGUUGAGAACUUCUUAGAGAAAACAGACAUGGCAGGAAAAAUAUUUGCUGGCCACAUUGCCAAUUCCCAGGAACAGCUGAGUUUACAAUUUUCUAAUGAUGAGGAUGAUGGACCUCAGAAGAUAUGUACACCUUCUUCUCCAUCAGAAUCCAAGAGAAAAGUAGAGGAUGAUGAAAUGGAGGUAAAUGCUGGAUUGGCCCAUGAAUCACAUCUAAUGCUGACAGCUCCUCAUGGACUCCAGAGCUCAGAAGUCCAAGAUACACUGAAGCUUUGUCCACGUGAUCAGUUUUGUAAGAUAAAGACAGAAAGGGCAAAAGAGAUAUAUCCAGUGAUGGAGAAGGAGGGACGAACACGUCUGGCUCUCAUCAUCUGCAACAAAAAGUUUGACUACCUUUUUGAUAGAGAUAAUGCUGAUACUGACAUUUUGAACAUGCAAGAACUACUUGAAAAUCUUGGAUACUCUGUGGUGUUAAAGGAAAACCUUACAGCUCAGGAAAUGGAGACAGAGUUAAUGCAGUUUGCUGGCCGUCCAGAGCACCAGUCCUCAGACAGCACAUUCCUGGUGUUUAUGUCCCAUGGCAUCCUGGAAGGAAUCUGUGGGGUGAAGCACCGAAACAAAAAGCCAGAUGUUCUUCAUGAUGACACUAUCUUCAAAAUUUUCAACAACUCUAACUGUCGGAGUCUGAGAAACAAACCCAAGAUUCUCAUCAUGCAGGCCUGCAGAGGCAGAUAUAAUGGAACUAUUUGGGUAUCCACAAACAAAGGGAUAGCCACUGCUGAUACAGAUGAGGAACGUGUGUUGAGCUGUAAAUGGAAUAAUAGUAUAACAAAGGCCCAUGUGGAGACAGAUUUCAUUGCUUUCAAAUCUUCUACCCCACAUAAUAUUUCUUGGAAGGUAGGCAAGACUGGUUCCCUCUUCAUUUCCAAACUCAUUGACUGCUUCAAAAAGUACUGUUGGUGUUAUCAUUUGGAGGAAAUUUUUCGAAAGGUUCAACACUCAUUUGAGGUCCCAGGUGAACUGACCCAGAUGCCCACUAUUGAGAGAGUAUCCAUGACACGCUAUUUCUACCUUUUUCCCGGGAAUUAGCACAGGCAACUCUCAUGCAGUUCCCAGUCAAGUAUUGCUGUAGCUGAGAAGAAAAGAAAAUUCCAAGAUCCCAGGAUUUUUAAAUGUGUAAAACUUUUCAGUUAGAUAUUUUAUACAAUAUCAUAAGGCUAGAUAAUUUCCAUAGGUUAUUUUUAGGGGAAACCUGAUACGUAAAAUUUUGCAUGAAAAGUAUAGAUUCGUUCCUUCCUUCCAAAUCUGCUCAUCUUUUACUUUAUUUUAUUAAAUUUAUAUUUGCACAUUUUUGUAAAAUGAAUAAAGGAAAAAGACACUAAAGAACAUGUCUGAACAUAUCCUGGAACUUCUUCUUUGUAAAAUGAAUAAAGGAAAAAGACACUAAAGAACAAAGAUGAUACACCUUUUGAUGAACCACUUUCACCUAUAAAUUAGUAGUAAGAAUUUACUCACAAGGAAGAUCUUAUCUACAAUGUAGCUGAGAAAUGAAACUGUUGCAUAUGUAGGUAAAACUAAUCAUCUUUUAGGAAUAAGAUAAAGAGGUUUAUGUCCACUGUUUGUCUCUGGCAUACAUGGUUUUCAUGCCUAGUGGCUACCUACCAUUCCUUUCAAUCAAUUUCUUAGGAUAUAAUUGACAAAUUUAUGCUAUGUUUAUAAUUUUUCUCUUAAAUGCUUUUGUAAUAAGAUAUACUCACACAUACACAUUUAAGAUUCUGUCUAUUAGUGUUAUUGAAAUAAAUCCUAGAAACAAAAAUUAAAAGUUUAAAGCAUUAAAGACAAUUUUGAGACAAAAUAUUCUAUGAAAUUCUAUGCAAAAUUGAAUUCUUCUACAAGUAUGUGAUGAAGCCCACCUACCACUAUUUUUGUCAUCUUGAGGAUGUUAUAUCAUUAUUUUUACUUAACUGAGCUCAAAUUAAAAUCUUUGUUUAUUCUUUGUUCUAUAAAAUGUUUCAGAAUCUUUCUUUACUGCAUAGUAAGUGUUAGCUCAUUUUUCCUGGGGUUACAAGUUCUGUACAAGCAUGCCUUGAAAUUGUGAGAGCCACCCCUUCUGAGUGUUCUUCCUUAACUCAUACCAGAUCUAUGAUCUCUUUCUGAAAGUGUCCAUUAACAGUUCAUUUCUACCCUUUCUCUCUGGUCCUACUAUCUUUUCAGUCUAUGUUAAAUAUGUACCUAUCCAAAAAAAAAUCUCAUGAGCACUUUUAAAUUAAGGUCUGGUGGUUCCCCACAUCCUUGCUUCUUUGCAUUUGUCCUGAUGGACUUAAACAUAGCUUGUUUUUGCCAUUUAUAUGUCCAUACCUCCUCACAAGAAUAAAAGCCCCACGAGGGAUC